UUCGGCUGCAGGGGGUCCUCCGAGGAAGGGGAGGAGGAGUUCCGCUUCCGGAAGGGAGUUAUUCCUCUGAGGGAAGGAGCUGCAGGCCCCACCAGUUCUCCCAUUCUUCUUGCUAUGAAUAUCAUUUGAAAGAAGAGGUGGGCACAUCUUCAUCCAGUUUGAGGCAGCCUAGAAGAGCAGAGCAAAGAUGGAAGGGCAAGAACCAGCUGCUGCCCAGUUAGAAGUAUUUUCUGUUGCUAUUGAGGCAGAGAACAACAGAGCAUUCUGGGAGGACCCUUGGGGGAAAGACCAGGAGAGGAGUGUCCUCCACUCAGAUCUUCAGCGCUUCCGGCAUUUCCGCUAUGAGGAGGCCUUGGGACCCCGGAAGGUUUGCAGCCGCCUCCACUCUCUCUGCCGCCUGUGGCUGAAGCCAGAGCGACACUCCAAGGCGGAGAUGCUGGACCUGGUGCUCCUGGAUCAGUUCCUGGCCGUCCUUCCUGCGGAGAUGGAGCGCUGGGUGAGGGAAUGUGGGGCAGAGACCAGUUCCCAGGCUGUGGCUUUGGCUGAAGGAUUCCUCCUGAGUCAGGAAGAGGAGAGGAAGCAGGAGAAGCCCCAGGUGCAGGACUCAUUUGCAAACGAGACCAAUCAGGUGGAGGAGUCCCUUUCACACAUUUGGCUCGUCCAUAUUGGAGAAGGAGAAUAUAUCAUAGCUGGCAAUGAAACAUGGGGAAUUGAUAAUAGCACAACUUUCCAUGAUUCUUUUCUAAGAAGCGAUUCUGCGGGACCAGAUCAGGUGAUAUUUGAAGAUGUGUCUGUGGAUUUCUCAGAGGAGGAGUGGGCCCUCUUGGAUCCAAGCCAAAAAGCCUUGCACCAGCAAAUCAUGGAAGAGAAUUUAGGGAUUGUGACAUCUCUGGCCAUGCCAAUAGAGGAGACACCGUUUAAAUAUUUGGAAGAUGGAAUGGAUUUCAAUAGUAAGGAAACGCUCACCUUUUCUCAAGAAACUCACACAAGGGAUAAACCAUUUAAAUGCUUGGAAUGUGGAAAAAGUUUCUCUCAGAAGAUAAGCUUUGUUCAUCACAGGGCAAUUCACAAAGGAGAGAAGUUAUUUAAAUGCUCACACUGUGGAAAGAGGUUUAAUCAAAAAAGAAACCUUAUUAGUCAUCAGGCAACACACACAGGGGGAAAGCCAUUUAAGUGCUUGCAGUGUGAAAAGAGCUUCAGUCACAAGCAAGGCCUUCUUCGUCAUCAGGCAACUCACACAGGAGAAAGGCCAUUUCAAUGCUUGCAAUGUGGAAAGAGCUUCAGCCAAAAGGGAGGCCUUAUUUGUCAUCAGGCAACUCACACAGGAGUAAAGCCAUUUCAAUGUUUGCAAUGUGAAAAGAGCUUUAGCCAAAAGGGAAGCCUUAUUGCUCAUCAGGCAACUCACACAGGAGUAAAGCCAUUUAAAUGCUUGCAGUGUGAAAAGAGCUUCAGUCUAAAGGGAGGCCUUAUUCGUCAUCAUUUAACUCACACAGGAGAAAAGCCAUUUAAAUGCUUGCAGUGUGAAAAGAGCUUCGGUGUAAAGGGAGGCCUUAUAAGUCAUCAGGCAACUCACACAGGAGAGAAGCCAUUUAAAUGCUUGCAGUGUGAAACGAGUUUCAGUCUAAAGAGAAGCCUUAUUCGUCAUCAGGCAACUCACACAGGAGAGAAGCCAUUUAAAUGUUUGCAGUGUGAAAAGAGCUUCAGUCAAAAGGGAAACCUUCUUAGUCAUCAGGCAACUCACACAGGAAUAAAGCCAUUUAAAUGCUUGCAGUGUGAAAAGAGCUUUAGCCAAAAGGAAAGACUUAUUAGUCAUCUAGCAACUCACACAGGAGUAAAGCCAUUUAAAUGCUUGCAAUGUGAAAAGAGCUUCAGUCUAAGGGGAAGCCUUAUUAGUCAUCAGUUAACUCACACAGGAAUAAAUCCAUUUAAAUGCUUGCAGUGUGAAAAGAGCUUCAGUCUAAAGGGAAGCCUUAUUAGUCAUCAGGCAACUCACACAGGAGAUAAGCCAUUUAAAUGUGUGCAGUGUGAAAAGAGCUUUUGUCAAAAGGGAAAUCUUAUUGCUCAUCAGGCAACUCACACAGGAGUAAAGCCAUUUAAAUGCUUACAUUGUGAAAAGAGCUUCAGUCACAAGCACAUCCUGAUUCGUCAUCAGGCAAUUCACACAGGAGAGAAGCCAUUUAAAUGCUCAGUGUGUGAAAAGAGCUUCAGUCGCAACCACCUCCUUAUUAGUCAUCAGGUAACUCACACAGGAGAGAAGCCAUUUAAAUGCUUGCAGUGUGAAAAGAGCUUUAGCCAAAAGGGAAGCCUUAUUAGUCAUCAGGCAACUCACACAGGAGUGAAGCCAUUUCAAUGCUUGCAGUGUGAAAAGCUCUUCAGCCGAAAGGGAAACCUUAUUAGUCAUCAGGCAACUCAUACAGGAGAGAAGCCAUUUAAAUGCUUGCAGUGUGAAAAGUGCUUCAGGCACAAGCAAGACCUUAUCCAUCAUCAGGCAACUCACACAGGAGAGAAGCCAUUUAAAUGCUUGCAUUGUGAAAAGAGCUUCAGUCACAAGCAAGUCCUUAUUCGUCAUCAGACAAUUCACACAGGAGAGAAGCCAUUUGAAUGUCUGCAGUGUGAAAAGAGCUUCAGGCACAAGAGAAACCUUAUUAGUCAUCAGGCAACUCACACAGGAGAGAAGCCAUUUAAAUGCUUGCAGUGCGAAAAGGUCUUCAGUCGAAAGGGGAAACUUCUUAAUCAUCAGGCAACUCACACAGGAGAGAAGCCAUUUAAAUGCUUGCAGUGUGAAAAGAGCUUCAGUGAAAAGAGGAGCCUUAUUCGUCAUCAGGCAACUCACACAGGAGAGAAGCCAUUUAAAUGCUCAGAGUGUGGAAAGAGCUUCAGUCGGAAAUCAUACCUUGUUUGUCAUCAAGCAACUCACGGUGGAGAAAAAGUGGAGUGUGGAAAUAACUGCAGUUGAAAGACAAGCCUUGUUUUUAAUUGUCAACCCAUACGAAAGAAAUGGGGUAAAGGGAAGUUUCUUUGUUUUAAAUCAGAGGGGGCUUAGAUCUUUGUUAUGAUAACACUGAGUUUAAAAGCUGUGGCUUUUGGGGGAAGUAAUAAUCUGACCAAUUUUCUUUGAUGAAAUAUCUCAUUAAGCAUAACUGACAAUAUUUUGAGAGCUAAACGAAAGAUAUUUCAAGGUGUUUUACCCAUUCAUGAACAUUGGUUACUGCAAAUAUUUCCUGUCAUGUAUAUUCAGGGUUAAAAUACAUUUAAUUGAGAAGUUUGAUUUGAAGUGUGAGAAUGACUUUAAUUAAUGACUAACAGCCCUGUGUUUCAUGUAGUUAUAUGUAUGUGGGACUGAAUUUUCUUGUAAGAAAUAACUAAGAAAAAAAUCACUGAUAAAUUGUUUUAUAUCUAUUCAUGCAUACUGGUUACUGCGAAUAUUUCUUGUCUUAUCUAUAACAUAUAAAUAAUAAUCUAUUAAAGAUGUGUGUGUGUAUUAAAUGUCCAAAAACA